CAUUUCCCUUUUAUCAUAAACAGCUAGCUAUAGUCUAGCUAUACUGUACUAUACUAUAGCAAGAAAAUGAAUGAGCUGGUGAUCUUGUCCCAGUGUGCCGUGGCUGCAGUCCUCCUGCUAGCCAGUGUGAAUGUGAAUGGACUUGAAACAGCUCAAGGUUUUCCAACUGUUGACUCAAUUCGCAUAAGAGCCAGCAGAUUAAACACGUCACCCUCCCAGCUGCCUGACUUUACAGAGUACUCCGACCCUCGACAGUCACAAGCAUUGUAUCCUACAAUAGGGUUCACCUGCAGUGGCACGAUAGAGAGAAUACUAUUCAUUGGAAGAGUGUCCGCUACUGACUCAGCUGAUGGUACUGCAACUACUGCAACUACUCCAUCCUUUCAGAUGUGGAGACAAGCGACGGGUGAUGAUCUAAUGGAACUGGGUGUCGAUUAUGUACAAGUCAACAUUGUACAGAGUAUGCAAGUUCCAGUGGAUGGGUCAGAGAUAGGUGUGUUUGAAGUCAGUGUUGAUACUCCAUCCUCAGGAAUGGGAUUUGGCGCGGGUGAGAUGCUUGGCUCUCGUGCUAGUACAUCGUCUCCUGGUACUAUUACCAAUCCGAGAAUUGCUCCGCUCUAUUUACCACAUCCCGGUGGUAAUAUUGUUCUUGGGUCCUUACAUACACAAACAUUCUUCACAAUGGUGGAAACAGUUAGGAGCUUGCCUCUGAUUGCAGUUGAGUCAGAUUCUCCCCACUGUGUACACGGAGCUCUACAGAUGUCAGUGUUGAACAGUUUAGUGACUAGAAUGGCAUCUAAUGUGGAGCAAAUCCGAGUUGUGCCAGAACUGAGCUUCAACUGUAAUGUCUCCUUCUCCAGUAUUUACAUUGGAGCAAACUUUGUCCAACCAGCAGAAACAGAUGAUAAAGACUUGCAACUAGUGAUCUGGAACUGCAUAAACUCUAAUUGUGAGCGACUAUAUUCCACUGCAAUAGGGAGGGAGCAAUUGUCUCUAGAUACUCCGAGUGUGUACAAAGCUGUGUUUAACUAUGAGCUGAGAGUGACUGAAGGAAGAGAUUACGUAUUUGGUAUUGAUCAACCGGCUGGUGCUAGUGUAUUAAUACAGUAUCAACAAGACUUUGGGCCAAUCAACUAUCACAAAGAAUACUCACAAGUCAGUACUAUUCAAUAUGAUAAUUCAAGCUUCUCACAGAGUCGAGCUCUACCUCUCAUACAUCCAGAGUACAGUGAUGGGGAAAGUUGCAGCAGUAUUGGUAGUUUUAUCAAUCUCGAAACUUUGAGAAGAAGAGCUCUUCUAAUUCAGCCAAUAUUCACACCCUCUAUCUCCUCCGGAUCUCGUAAACGCCAGAAAAUGUUGAUCAAUGGAUAUCAGUACCUCUUCAUCAGUUCUCCUUUCCAAACUUCAGGCAGUCUUUCAAGUUUCGUUUUUGCAGCAGCAAAUGGAUCUCAAACUGGAAAUCAAUAUCCUCAAUUUCAAAUCUGGAGAUGUAAUGGUGAUAAUGAACUUAUGAAAGUGUUUGAAACACAAAUUGGAGCAGAACUGAUAUCAAGUGGAAUAAACUUAUACCAGUCCACUCGACAGUUUGAGUACAUGGCUGGUGACGUUGUGGGUCUAUUUCAACCUCAUUCUGAGCAAUCUGCACUAGUAGUAGCCUUCCAAAUGCUCAAUGAUAUUGAGUCAAACACUCCGAGCAGCUUCAGAAUUCCCAGUGAUGCAUCUCUGAGUACCUAUACAUAUGACGUAAGUGAUUCAUCUCGAGAGGACCUUAACUAUACACCCUUGGUAACCGUGGAGACAACAGCACAAAUGCCGUCAAGUGGAAACGUUGAUGUACUACAAUCCUGUGUUCCCAAUACUGUUUUGCCCACCUCAACCGUAUCGUCUGUCACUACUAGCCAAGAAACUGACCCACCAUCAACGAAUGAGCCUGGGGGUAAUGGUGGCUCUCCACUGAGUGUGGUCACUAUAGCUGGGUCUACUGUGGGCGCUGUGAUUGGACUGCUCCUCGUCAUGGUGAUGGCGUUGGUUGUAUUUAUUCUAGCGUUGAAAUGCAAGAAAAAGAGAGACAAGUUUGAAAUGAGCUCAGUGGAGAAUCCCCAAUAUUCCUCUGGUGGUGGUCAAAAUGGCACCAACUCUGCAACCAACAGCUAUGCACAAGAUUACGCCAUCCCCAUCCCAAGGAGUGCUGACAAUGCUAUAUACCAGACAGUUGGACAAGCUCCACAGCCGUACGAAGCACCAUCUGUUUCCAUGGCAAUGGCCAAUCAGAUGAGUGCCGGGGCGUACGAAGUACCGUCCAUCACCAGGGCAACAACAAAUGGAAGAGGAAACGAGUAUCAAACAAUAGAGCCGGGAAGCCCCACAAGAGUCUAUCACACACUGGAACCCACUGUGCUCCAAAACACCCAAGGCAAUGGUAGAUCAGCUGCUGAAGAGAUUGAAAUGAGUAUCAUUGUCCCUACUGGCGAUCAGAGAAAUAAUUUGAGGGCUGCUAAUGAGCGAGAUAUCUACGCAUCAUUGAAAAUUAUUCAGUCCACCACCAGUAGUACUACUAGAACCUCGUUCUUUGAAGAAACUGAAGUGUUCUGGAGACCAGCCUCCAGUCAAACACAAAUAUACGAGCAGCUGGCCAGUAGGAAAUACCGAGAGAUACCAAGACACAAGAUUCAGAUAAUGGAGGAAAUUGGAUCUGGUAACUUUGGUGAUGUUCACAAGGGUGUGUGGGAGAUGCCCGGAGAGAGCAGGCUAGUGGCUGUCAAGACAAUGAAACAUGGCACUAAUAGCACAGACCAAGUCAUGUUCCUCCAGGAGGCUGCAGUGAAUGGCCAGUUCAGACAUCCCAACGUGGUCAAACUGUACGGAGUGGUCACUGUGGGGGAACCGGUCAUGAUUGUCUUGGAGCUGAUGGAACAUGGGGACCUUCUCUCAUAUCUCAAGAACCACUUCACUGGGUCGGUGUUACCUGACUGGCCACAUCUGUUGCUAGGUUACUGUCGGCACAUUGCAGCUGGUAUGGACUACCUCUCUAAGAAAGGGUUCGUCCAUCGUGACCUAGCAGCAAGGAAUGUUCUCCUGUCUGCAGAGGGCACUUGCAAAAUAACUGAUUUUGGAAUGUCUCGAGAGAUUGAAAAUUUCUAUGUGGCAAAGGGGGGCGUGGUUCCAGUCAAGUGGACAGCACCUGAGGCACUCAAUUACAAGACCUUCUCGACAGCCAGUGAUGUGUGGAGCUUUGGUUGUGUCAUGUACGAGAUAUGGAGUCUGGGGCACAAACCAUUUGAAAAGAACAGAAAUAUCGAGGUGCUAAAGUUGGUUGAGGAGGGAUAUCGACUUCCACCACCUCCUGGUUGCCCUCGUGCAGUGUACCAGGUCAUGAUACAAUGUUGGCACCCAGAGGCCAGCUCCAGACCAUCCUUCAUGGAGCUACUAGCCUCCUUGUUGAAACCAGUAGAAGAGCUACUGACAAUGGAGGUGGUGCGUGCAGACAACGCUAGAGCUGCUGUCAUUGGGGCUCCCCUCAAGCACAGCAAGAAUCUAUAUCUGGACCUUCAGAACGUUUAUAAGUGUACAGAGGACAAUACAGAUUAGUUAAAAAAAUGUUGUGAGCACAUCCCCUUAUUUUUUUAUAUUCCACAAA